AAACAUAGAGAGAGAGAGAAUUGAAGAGAAGAAGAGAGAGAGAAAGCCAUGGAGAGGAACAUGAACAUGGUUAUGGAGGAGAGGAGAGAGAAAACAACCAAAUUUUCUCUCACUUGUAGCCUCUUGAGCCAAUACAUGAAGGAGAAAAAAAGCUUUGGGGGGUUGGAUUUUGAGAUGGCUCUUGAUCAAGGACCAAAAGGUGUAUUUCGCCCACCAAUCACCAUGAACCUGAUGCCCGGAAUUGACUUAAAUGCCCCCGAAUCGACCGAAGUCCACUUCCCGGAAUUCACUUCCCACACCGUCGACGUUUCUUACAAGGACCAAAAUGUUAACAAGGAAGGGACGAAUGAGCAAUUAACGAUAUUCUACGGGGGGGAAGUGUUGGUUUUCGACAAUAUUUCUGGCGAGAAGUACGAGGAGUUGAUUGAAAUGGCGAAAAAGGGCAGGGUCUCAGCCGAAAAUUUCGGUUUCGCAACCGGAGGAGGACACGUGGCAGCCGCCCAGAGCACUUUGCCGAGUACUAUGCAGACCACUGCCUCUGAUAUGCCAAUUGCGCGGAGAAAUUCCCUUCAUAGAUUUCUCCAAAAAAGAAAGCAUAGGAUUAAUUCCAAGGCACCUUAUCAAACGAAUGUGGUUAAGCCCGAAGAAGAUAACAAGUCAUGGCUCACUUUUAAGUUGUGAGAUCACAAGAUUAAUUGGAGAAGCGGAUUAAUAUUUUCAAUAUGACCCUCCUACUUUAGAGAAAUUGUACUUGCUAGGAAAAGGAUAUUGAUUAAUUUAGUUGCUAACUAUUUUCAAAUUUGAAUAAUUUUUAACUCUUCUAAAAAGGGGGGACAUUAUUAAUUAUUAAUUAUUGUUGGUUAGUUUAUGUGAUUUGUUAUUUUUUAUUAACAGAUGUUAUAGCAGCUGUUUUUGGCUGUCACACAUUAUUGGUGAUGGAAUAAUAUAAAUGUAUUAUAUAUUAUUGAA